ACUCACCGAAGCGGAGACCACGAAGUCUGACGACGCGGAGCGGUCCUGUACGCCGCGGCCGUUUUAGAGCUUGACGAUCUCAAAUGGCAGAACAACUUUCUCCGGGGAAUUCGGCCGGCCAGGUGUGCACCUUCCUCUUCAAAAAGCCUGGGCGGAAAGGGGCGGCGGGGCGCCGAAAGCGCCCGCUCUGUGAUGCAGGGUCCGGGGACAGUGGCAGCAGCAGCGACGAAAGCAGCGCUGUGGUUCGACCGGAGAAGAAGCAGGCAACCCACAAUCCGAUGAUCCAGAAGACGCGUGGUAGCGGUAAACAGAAGACGAACUACAGCGGCUUGAGUAGCGAGGACGAGAAUGUACAGGAGGGUCUCGGCGUGGUCUACAAGUCGACCCGUUCGGCAAAACCCGUGGGGCCCGAGGAUAUGGGGGCUACCGCUGUCUAUGAACUGGACACUGAGAAGGAGCGCGAUGCACAAUCCAUCUUUGAACGGAGCCAGAAGAUCCAGGAGGAGCUGAGAGGUAAGGAAGAUGACAAGAUCUAUCGGGGAAUCAAUAAUUAUCAGAAAUACGUGAAACCCAAAGAUACGUCCAUGGGCAAUGCCUCCUCCGGGAUGGUGAGGAAAGGUCCCAUCCGAGCUCCCGAGCAUCUACGUGCCACCGUGCGCUGGGAUUACCAGCCCGACAUCUGCAAGGACUACAAGGAGACUGGCUUCUGCGGCUUCGGAGACAGCUGCAAAUUCCUCCAUGACCGUUCAGAUUACAAGCACGGGUGGCAGAUCGAACGUGAGCUUGAUGAGGGUCGCUAUGGUGUCUAUGAGGACGAAAACUACGAAGUGGGAAGAGAUGAUGAGGAAAUACCAUUCAAGUGUUUCAUCUGUCGCCAGACCUUCCAAAACCCAGUUGUCACCAAGUGUAGGCAUUAUUUCUGCGAGAGAUGUGCACUGCAGCAUUUCCGCACCACAUCUCGUUGCUAUGUCUGUGAUCAGCAGACCAAUGGCGUCUUCAAUCCAGCCAAAGAAGUGAUUGCUAAACUUGGAAAGCAUCGAGCUGAAGCAGAGGGAGGUCCUUCUGAUUUCCAAAAAGACCCUGAGGAGGAGAGUUCAGUUCCCAUUAUUUAGGUUUUCCGUAAUUCCCAGUCGCAAAAUAAAUAUUUUGUUGUUUG